AUGGUGGUUAACCGCCCCCCAUUGCACCGCCCAACGGAUGGCCGGUCACAGCAACCGUUACUCAAAGAUGAUCGCGAGGGACGACCCUCCCGAUCAAGCUUCGGGAACGAUACAGAAGGCCGGCCUAUGUUGCACCACCACACCCGCCGCCCUACCAUCCGGAGUAAAAGCCCGGAACACGACGCCGCCCAAGCGACUCGCAAAAAGUAUAUGAUUGCAUCGGGAUUUCUUCUUCUCAGCCUAGCCAGCUUUGUUGUCCAGACAGAAACCGCCGUCUACAUCCAACAUGAGUUGGGGUGGAACAAGCCGUAUUGCAUGCUGCGCAAAAUGUCAUGGGAAGCAUUCUGGCGCCGUCAUGUCUUCCUCUUAAAGACAACUGCCCAGAUGGUAGAGACCCAGGAUGUCCACCUCCACUCCCGUUCCUACCACCGUUCGCCGAUCCCAUAUAUGUUGAAAACCACUGCUUUUGUGACCAGCGCGCUCACCAUCGCGGGAGGCUCAUGGUACGUCGCUGUCAAUUUGACAACGGCUAGUGACUUGACGGCCAUCUACAAUUGCUCGGCUUUCUUCGCAUAUGCCUUCUCGAUCCCUCUUUUGAAAGAGAAAUUGCGGUGGGAUAAGGUCUUUUCAGUGGGCAUCGCAAUAAUUGGAGUCCUUGUGGUCGCCUACGGAGACCGCCCUGACAAGAAGGUUUCAAAAGGUGGAACGACAAAGGAUGAUAAGGAGGCUCAUAGUCGGCUCCUGGGCAACAUUGUGAUUGGUGUUGGGAGUGUGCUGUACGGCCUCUACGAGGUGCUGUAUAAGCGUUUCGCCUGCCCACCAGAAGGCACCAGUCCCGGCCGUGGCACCAUCUUUGCCAAUACAUUUGGCAGUUUGAUCGGCUGCUUCACCAUCUUGGUCUUGUGGAUCCCCCUGCCUUUUCUUCAUUAUCUUGGCUGGGAAACCUUCCGCUUCCCUACCGGCGAGGCCGGGUGGAUGCUCCUCAUAUCCAUUGCUGCCAAUGCUACAUUUUCCGGUUCAUUCCUGGUGCUCAUCUCCCUCACCUCCCCUGUACUUUCGUCAGUUGCCGCUCUUCUGACGAUUUUCCUCGUUGCUCUUGUGGACUGGUUCCGCACAGGCAUACCGCUCUCAUUCGCAGCAAUCAUCGGAGGCAUCUUGAUCAUGAUCGCAUUUUUCAUGCUGAGCUGGAGCACGUACCGAGAGAUGAGCCAGGAACGCAAAAAGCAUCUGGAGAACGACCAGGUAGAGUCGGACAGCGACGAAUAG